AUGGUACGGUCUAACGUUUUGACAGCAAUUGCUGCUAUUUGCCAUGUCGCUCACGCUGGUUGCCCCUACAUGGAUGACCAACCAAUCGCCCGACGCGAUGGUGCCACUGCCAUGUCAACCGAUGACUUCAUGAAGCAAUAUGAGAUUGACGACAGCAAAGCCUACCUCACGAGUCCUGUGGGAGGGCCCCAACCCGACCAAGAGAGCCUCUCGGCUGGUGAGCGAGGUCCAUCCCUGCUCGAGGAUCAAAUUCUCCGCCGCAAAAUCAUGAGCUUUGAUCACGAGCGUGUUCCUGAGCGCGCCGUGCACGCCCGUGGUGCCGGUGCUCACGGAACAUUCAAGUCAUAUGGUGACUGGUCUAACAUUACCGGAGCCUCAUUCCUUGCCAAUUCUGAGAAGGAAACGCCAGUGUUCAUUCGAUUCUCUACUGUUGCAGGAAGCCGUGGCUCUGCCGAUACUGCCCGAGAUGUUCACGGCUUUGCCGUCAGGUUCUACACCGACGAAGGCAACUUUGAUAUUGUCGGCAACAACGUUCCUGUGUUCUUUAUCCAGGAUGCCAUCAAGUUCCCUGACCUCAUCCAUGCUGUCAAGCCCAAGCCAGACAGUGAGAUCCCUCAGGCAGCAACGGCUCACGAUUCGGCAUGGGACUUCUUCAGUCAGCAACCUAGCACUAUGCACACCCUCAUGUGGGCAAUGAGUGGACAGACGAUUACUAACGAGUUGUUUCUUUCUUACAGUGGUACCAUUCGUUCCUACAGGCAUACCGAUGGCUGGGGUGUACAUACUUUCCGCUUUGUCCGUGAUGACGGCAAAUCCAAGCUCGUCAAGUUCCGCUUCCGAUCUCUUCAGGGCAAGGCCUCCCUGCUGUGGGAAGAGGCUCAAACCACCGCCGGAAUGAACGCAGAUAUGCACCGACAGGAUCUCUUCGAGAGCAUUGAGAACGGCUACUACCCAGAAUGGAUCUUUGAGGUUCAAGUCAUGGAGGAGUCGGACCAACUUCGAUUCGGAUUCGACGUUCUCGACCCCACCAAGAUUGUUCCCGAAGACAUUGUUCCUUUCACCCCUCUUGGCAAGUUGACCUUGAACCGCAAUCCUCGCAACUACUUUGCCGAGACUGAGCAAAUCAUGUUCCAACCCGGUCAUCUUGUCCGCGGUAUUGAUGUUUCCGAUGACCCGCUCCUUCAAGGACGCAUGUUCUCGUACUUGGACACUCAGCUGAACCGCAACGGUGGUCCCAACUUUGAGCAGAUUCCUAUCAACCAGCCCCGUGUUCCUGUCCACAACAACGAGCGUGAUGGUGCUGGCCAAAUGUACAUUCCUCUCAACACUGCCGCCUACUCGCCCAACACCCUGAACGGCGGUUACCCCAAGCAAGCCACCCAGGCCGAAGGUCGCGGGUUCUUCACUGCACCCUCUCGAUCCGUCAGCGGAAACCUUGUCCGCACAGUCUCCAGCACCUUCGCCGACAACUGGUCACAGCCUCGCCUGUUCUACAACUCCUUGACCCCAGUCGAGCAGCAGUUUGUCAUCAACGCCAUCCGAUUUGAGACUUCGCAACUCAAGAGCGAGGUUGUCAAGCAGAAUGUCUUGAUCCAGCUUAACCGUAUCAGCCACGACAUUGCUACCCGUGUUGCUACUGCUCUUGGCAUGACUGCGCCCGCACCUGAUGACAAGUUCUACCACAACAACAAGACGAUUGGUGUCAACCCGGCUGGCGAGCCCCUGCUCAAGAUUGAGGGCUUGAAGGUUGGAUACCUUACCUCUGCAGCAUCCACUGGCGACAAGGGCAAGGCGCUCAAGGCCGCGCUCAAGGACAAGAAGGUUAGCUUGACGGUAGUUGCCGAGCACCUUGGCGAGGGCAUUGACCAGACCUACUCUGCUACUUCGGCCGUUAAUUUUGACGCCAUCAUUGUUGAUGGUAGCGCUUCGGCCCUCUUUGCCCCUGCGGGCAGCCUCGCCAACUCCAACUCCACGGCUACUAAGGCCCGUUCCACCUUGUACCCUGCUGGUCGCCCUCUCGAGAUCCUCCAGACUGGCUACCAGUUUGGCAAGCCCGUUGGUGUUCUCGGAGCCAGCAACUCGACUCUGUCUGCUGCUGGUGUUGAGGCCGGCACCCCUGGUGUUUACAGCUUCGACUCCGCCAGCGACGUGGCGGCAGUUGUUACCAAGAUCACUGAGGGUCUGCGCACUUUCAAGUUCCUUGACCGGUACCCAUUGGACAAUUAG